UAAAUGAGAGUUUUAUAUUACCACAAAUAUGUUACUGUACAUUAUUAAAAUAGUAACAUAAACUAGUAACAUAUGAAUUUUUUAUCUUAUCUUACUCCCCGUUCUGAAGAGCCUUACACGACAUCUCGUUGUUUGAGGCCAGUAUAAUUGGUUACACAACAUUCUUUACCUAGCUGACCGCCACGUUCCCAAUCCCCGGUCUACUGCUCCAGGACACUUGUGUGCUCGUCUCGUCGCUUGACCGCCCAGCGAGCGCCUCCCGCGAACCCAUAAAAAUCCAAAACGAAACCAACGCUUGGCCUGCUCUGCUCUGCUCAAUCCCCCGCUCCAUCCAAUGUCCCGCCCGCGUCCUUCCAAACCGUAGCCUACCCGCGCGCGCGUAUCCCCAAUCCCCCACCACUCGUCAGCAAGCGGCACACACAUCAAUGGCCGCGCUGCCGACGCUGCUGCUCCUAGCGCUGGCGCUUGCCAUUACCACCACCAACGCGGCAGCGCAGCCCACGCCGCCGCAGCGGGAGCGGUUAGCGCUGCAGGCCUUCCUAGCCGGCACGCCGCACGAGCGCUCCCUGGGCUGGAACGCGCCGUCCGCCCCGUCCCCGUGCCUCUGGUUCGGCGUGGUCUGCGACGCUUCCAACGCCACCGUGGUCGCCGUCCGGCUCCCGGGCGUCGGCCUCGUGGGCGCCCUGCCGGCCUCCACGCUCGGCAACCUCCGGGGCCUCCGCACGCUCUCCCUACGUUCCAACCGCCUUUCCGGCCCUAUCCCCGCCGACCUCCUCGCGCUCCCGGCGCUCCGCUCGCUCUACCUCCAGGGCAACCGCCUCUCCGGCCGCCUCCCGGGCGACCUCCCUUCCUCGCUGCACCACCUCUCGCUCUCCGGGAACGAGCUCGACGGGGAGAUUCCCGAAUCGCUAGACGGUCUUCUCGAGCUCCGGUCGCUGAGGUUGGACGGGAACAAGUUCUCCGGCGCGCUCCCGAGCUUGUCCGCACUCCGAAGGCUCGAGGUGUUCAAUGUCUCGUAUAACCGGCUGAAUGGCUCAAUCCCGAGCUCCCUUGGCAGUCGUUUCCCGCGCGAGUCCUUCGCCGGGAACCUCCAGCUCUGCGGCGAGCCCCUCGACCGGCCCUGCGACGAGUCUCCGUCUCCCGGCGUCGUCAUCCCGCCGCCGGUGCCUGGCAACACGAAGAAGAGGCGGCUAUCCGGCGCGGGGGUCACGGCCAUCGCCGUGGGCGCGGGGGCCGGGGCGCUGUUCGCUCUCGUGCUCUUCGUGCUCUGCUUCGUCCACCGGCGCCGGCGCCGCGACGCCAACACGAACAACAAAAUGCCGACGCCGACUCCUACUCGAGGGUUCACGCCGUCGACGGCGCCGACGUCCGGUGACAUGGGCGACAUCACGUCGUCCUCGAAGGAGAUCGCGGCAGCGGCUGCCGCGGCAGCGUCGGGCGGGGGGGAGAGCCAGAGGAGCCGGCUGGUGUUCGUGGGGAACACGCACAAGGACGGGUACGGGUUCGACCUGGAGGACCUGCUGCGCGCGUCGGCGGAGGUGCUGGGGAAGGGCGGCGGCGGGACGUCGUACAAGGCGGUGCUCGAGGACGGGACGACCACCGUGGUCGUCAAGCGGCUCAAGGACGUGGCGGCGGGGCGCCGGGAGUUCGCGGCCGCCGUCGAGGCGCUGGGCGGAGUGGAGCACCGCAACCUGCUCCCCGUCCGCGGGUACUACUUCUCCAAGGACGAGAAGCUCCUCAUCGCCGACCACCUCCCCGACGGCAGCCUCUCCGCCGCGCUCCACGGUAGCCGCGGCUCGGGGCAAACGCCGAUGGGCUGGGCCGCGCGGGUGCAGGCCGCGCUGUGCGCCGCGCGCGGGGUGGCCCACCUGCACGCGGCCCACGGGCUCGCGCACGGCAACAUCAAGUCCUCAAACCUGCUUCUCCGGCCACGGCAAGGCGACCCCGACGCCGCCGCCUUGCUCUCCGACUACGGCCUCCAGCAGCUCUUCGCGCCGCCGCCCCCGUCCGCGCGCGGCGGAGGCUACCGCGCGCCGGAGCUCGUGGACCCGCGCCGGCCGACGCCCCAGUCGGACGUGUACUCGCUCGGGGUGCUCUUCCUCGAGAUCCUCACCGGCAGGUCCCCGGCGGCGGCGGCUCUGGAUCUGCCCAGGUGGGUGCAGUCGGUCGUGCGGGAGGAGUGGACGGCGGAGGUGUUCGACCCGGAGCUGGUGCGGAUGGGCAGCGGUGGCGGGGCCGGGGAGGAGGAAGAGAUGGUAGCGCUGCUGCAGGUGGCCAUGGCGUGCGCCGCCACAGCGCCGGAUGCGCGGCCCGAGGCGCCGGAGGUGGUGAGGAUGUUAGAGGAGAUCGGCGGCGGCAGCGGCAGCCACGGGCAUGGGCGGGCCACGGGAGAGGUAGAAGAGGAGGACCGGCCGUGGGGCACGCCGCCAGCCGGCGCGACGCCGUGAUAUCCAUCGACGAUGCCGGCGCAGCGCAAUGUGCAAGGCGGCAUAUACAGCAAACAUGGUCCGCCCCAUCUGUUCUUUGUGUAUCCGAGGCUUAUGAACUCGGGCAUCUGUUCUUUCCGUUCAGGGCGUCUCCAGCGGCUUCAUUCCUCUGCUUGAAAGAUUCCUUCCUUGAAUUCUUAUCCCUUUCUCCCACAGAUUUUUCAAAUCUCGUUCAUCAGAGCAUCCGUUCAGUUCAGGGCAUCUCUAACGGGUUUUUAAAUUUUCAUUUCUGGAAUAGAAAUCACAAAUCCACUCGAAAGAGUCCUUCCUAAAAUUCUUCUACUAUCAGAGUAACAUCGUGGAUGUCACGUGUGUGAGCCUCAGGCAUCUGUUCCGUCCAGGGCAUCUCUAACAUUUCAUUUCUCCAUAGAAAUCACAAAUCCACUCGCAAGAGUCCUUUCUAAAAUUCUUCUUUUGUCCUGCAAUUUCUCAAAUCUCGUUGAAAGUAUUCCCUUUUAGCCCUCUUUUAUAUUUUAGUAAUAUUAUGUACUGUAACUAAAACUAUACUAUUAAGCACAUCUGUAUUAUUUACCCAAAAAUAUCAAGCGUAAUGAUCGUACUAAGCGCA